UGCCUGUUCAUUACUGCCUCUAGUUUUCUUAAAGGCCAAUACUAAUCAUCUCUCCCUCUGCUAUAUAAACCAGAAACCAUUUCAGAUCCUCCACAGAGCUCAAUACCAAGACCUACCCUCCUCCUGAAACCCUCUCUAAUUCUUGUUCUGAUCGUUCUUUAACGUCCAAACCCACGAAAAAGAGGAACCCUUUGAAGGGAAUCGAAGCGGAAGAUGAAUUCAGCGGGCAAAGCGUGGAUCGUGGCGGCGAGCAUAGCGGCCGUGGAGGCGCUGAAGGACCAGGGCUUCGCGAGGUGGAACUACCCGAUCAGGUCGGUCCACCAGCACCUGAAGAGCAACCUCAGGUCCUACUCCCAGGCCAAGAAGCUCUCCGCCCCUUCUUCCUCGGCCGUGGCCAAGGGCAUGAGGCGCUUGGAGGAGUCCCACGGCAAGGUCAUGCACCUCAACUGCUGGGGCCCUGAGUCCACCAGGUUUUAGGAAAAUAGGGACACUGUGAUAUCUGCAGUAUAGGUAGAGAGAGAUUUGCAUUCUUGAAUUGCUGAGAUGUUGGCAAUGGCGAUUUGGGCUGUGGAUUAUUUGGUAACAGCGUAUUGGAAAAGUGUUGGGGAUCUUGAGUAUUAGAGAAGCCUGAUUAUCAUCUAUUCCUGCCUCUGAUUCCACGGUUGUAGCGUUUGCUGAUAAUGAUGAGGUUGUAAUUCAGAGAGAUUGAAAUUAUCAUAUGUUGUGAACAAAUUCUGGUGUUGCUCACCUCAAUGAGAAUUUGUUUACCUAAGAUUUACUUUACCAGAUAAAGUAACAUCUCUUUUUUUGUGGGUUGGAAUUGGAGUAAAUCACAUGUUGGAAAUGUUAUCCUUGCUUGAAUAAGGAAAAUACACAGAUCAAUUCAUUUUCGA